AAAAUGAGUGUCAUUAACCACUCUUUCAUUUUGUGAAUGUGUUUGUCAGAGAAAGGUUAUCAAAGUUCAUGUCUGUGCUAUUCUUAAUAAUUUAGUGCAAUGUCCUGCUGGUUAUGAUAUUGAAUGCAUCCUCCACUAACAAAAGAAUGAAAUUAACUGGUAUUCCAUUCUAUAAUGGAUGCCAGAUACCUUGUAAUUUUGAUGUUGUUUUUGUAAUGCUUACCAAAUGACAUCAUCAAUUUAAAGCCAAUUUUCUCUUCCGCCUGUCAGAGAGAAACGUGGGUAACUAUCCCAUGUACAACAAUUUAAUAAUUCAUUUAGUUGUUACAAAGAACUUAUCUUCUAACUAUUGUAAGGACUGCUGACAUGUCUUUCAUCAGGUAUCAAUGGCCGCUAGCAUGAACUGUAACCUUUCUACAGAAUGCUGUGGUGAAUAUUUACAUUUUCUCUUCGGGUAGCAUUAAAGGUAAAAGGUUAAGAUGGAUUACGAUUGAAUCUGUUUGUUGGAGGUUUCUGUCUCUCAAUAAGAUCUCAAUACAUAACCUGUUAUUAUAGCACUAGCUACUAAGUAAUCCCUCACACUUGACAGAAAAGAAGACUAAGAAUGAUUUAAUACCUGACACAAGAACAUGGCUGUCCUUUAAAGAAAUCUUCAAAUAUUUGUACAGAUUUACUUUACAGCUUGUUUACUCCAUGUUAUUCACAUGAAAUGUCUGCUUUACUCUAACAAAAAUCCAUCUCAAUACAAAUGUGUUGUUUAAAUGAAUUUAAAAUAUAUACUGAUGUGACAUGUAAUCAUAACAGACAAAUAAUUAAGACUUCUCUCUGUAAAAUGAAAUUAAUAUAACAAUUAGAGCAUCUUUGCAAAUACCAUGAUUAAUUUCACCACCAUUCCAUUCUGUAAUUAACGGAGGAAAUUGAGGUUUUCUUUAGACCCACAUAUCAAUCAUGAAGAGGUUACAGCCUAUCAAUCAUUCAAGAUGGCCAAUAUUAUGACCAAUUAUGUCAGUUGAUUACAACAUACCAGAAGAUGGCAUGCAGGACAUUCACUGCCUAUGUAUAGACCAAGAUUUGAUAAAAUGUUUAAAACUGAUAAAUAGUUAGAUGGACAAUUCAUCAUCUGCUUAUGUGCACAGUACUGUUUCAAUAAUAAAACUACAUGAUCUCAAGAUAAACACCCUUCACAAAAGUAAUAAACAGUAGCAUGCAAAAUGUAAUUGUUUUUGUUGUUUUACUGCUUUUAGCAAGCUAAGUUAUGGUUUGAUUGUUAACUCUAGUUUUCAGACAACAUGGUUAUGAAUUGUGAAUAUUGUGUAAUUUUCUCUUGUAUGCUUUUAGUUUCUACAUCAAAGUUUUAUUCCAGUGUAUGUACGUUUAAUGAAAUAAAAAUGUUCAAGUUAACAAUAAAGAAAAUUCAAACACUCUGGUUACUAAGAAUUUCGAUGUCAUGUUGAACUGUUCCUGUGUUUCAUCUUCAAAACAAUCUUUUCCUCUAGCUUAAUCUUUCAAUCCUCCCUAUUUAACGUACACAUACAAAAUUAAUGGCGACAAAUUUUGACAAUAGUAAAAUCUUCAAUGCUUCAUUGAUUUUUAGGAGUCUUAUUUGACUUUACUUCUGUUUAUUGCUGAAUAAAGGCUUUCGAUUUUGGCCAGAAUGUCUACAUUUGGUGUGAAAUACUGGAGUUUGUUGACUUCGAUUACAAUGCUAUUUAUGUCUGUGUGUUAUGAAGGAGCUUGCUGUAAUACAACGUUUGUUGUUGACUCAUUCUAAACUUUCAGAGCUUUAGAUGAGUGUUUUUAUAAUUCUUGGAGUACCAACAAAAUUUUAAUUUUUACUGCAUCAUUACAAUGACCUAGUAUGUAAGAGUGCAUGGAAAGAUAUACAUGGUUCAGUUAGUUGUCAGACUUUAAAAGGAGCAGAGGAGAUAGUAUUUAUUGUCAAAUGUGUAAGCACAAGUACAGAAGGACAAAACAUUUCAGAUGGUUGGUAGAGAAAGCAGAUGUCUUAUCACACAAUCUAACAUCAGAGGGCAAUAUUGAGGAGGACAGAUUCCAAUUCUCUACCUGAACUGAUGCUGAUCAUUAUCUAACGCUUAGUGUCUACUGAAGUCUAAAGGAAUUUUUCUGAGCAUUGGAGACUUGGCGAACCAUUGAUCACUAUAUUCCACAGCACACAUUCCCAUGGUGACAGUGACCAGAGUUCACUCUAAUAUCACUGAAUGAAUAUCAAAACACUAUGCACGGAUCAAUUCUCCUUUAGACCAUGGGAAGACUCAGACUGGGAGGAUAAGCAGACUGGAUAUCAUUUCAAGCAAACCGUGUCAGUCCAUGGGUGUGAAGUUGUGAAUGUUUUUACCACAUGUUACUCGUUACUGUGUGUGUAGUUUCAUCCAUCAACAGAUAUUUUUAGGUGAUUUCAGUAACAAGUGAAUUUGAUCACGUUUCACAGGUGUGAAUGCAUGAUGUUCCAGAAGAAAUAGUGUGUAUAAUGCUGGAUCUUUCUGGAUGAUUACAAACUCCCCUGGCAUUCGAUCAUUAUAGAACAAUGCUACAUUGUUCACUGGAUUAUAAUUAACCAAAAACAAGAUGGAGUUUAACACUCAAAUCGUUAUUUUCAUUGUGAGGAUUGUAUCAUUCUUUGUGAUGCAAGUUCCUCUCUCUAUAGGACAUGAUUGCGAUGUCACAUAUGGAGCUGACAUGAUGGCUAAUUGUAGUUCAAGAGAUUUGAACUUUAUUCCUUAUGACCUACAACACAACAUUGCAAAACUGGAUUUACACAGCAACCACCUUGGCAUCAUUGACGAAAACGCAUUUGUCAAAUAUGAUCAGCUUUACUCCAUAAAUUUAGAAAAUAACUCUUUAACUGAAGUGAAAAACAAUGCCUUUCUGCGUCUCAAGAAACUAAAAUACUUGAAUUUAUCUCGAAAUAAAUUAAAAAGUGUGCCUUCAGGAGCAUUUAAAGACUUGUCUUCUUUGCUCUUAUUGAAUUUACGUGGAAAUAUGAUCUCAGUCAUAGAAGACGGUGCAUUUGUGAAACUUCAUUCUCUUGCAGAACUUCAUUUGGAUGGAAAUUAUAUUGAAUUGAUUGCACCUGAUGCCUUUAAAGGAUUGAACUUUCUUCAAGUCAUGAAUCUACAAAAUAAUGCCCUAAAAACAUUAUCAGAAGGGGUAGUGAAACACCUGACACAUCGUAUGAAAGAAUGGAGAUUACACAGUAAUCCUUGGUAUUGUGACUGCAAGAUCCGUUGGUUUUACUCUUAUUUGAUGGAAAGUAAAAGUUUUGAUUUAUCAUGGAAGUUUGGUAAAGAUGAGCCAAAGUGUAAUGGACCCCCAAUAGUGAAAGACCAACUCUUCUCUCAACUAAACCAAAGUUUCUUUGUCUGCCAAAUAGAAAUGUAUUCAAGUGGUCAUCAGAAAGAAACCUCUCUUGGAGAAAAUGUAGAUUUAUUCUGCAAGUAUUUUUCAAACCCAUUUAUUCAGCCAGUAUGGUUAAAAAAUGAAGAAAUUCUCAGUCCUUCCAAAGAUAAAGUAGUUAUUCAGACGACUAGACAAGAAACUGUAACAAGUAUUCUAAGCAUCAAAAACUUCCAGUAUUCAGAUAUAGGAGAUUACAAGUGUUUUCUGGAAAAUGCAAGGGGGUCAAAAUUUAUUCAAUACUCUAUAUCAAUCCCCGGGGUGGAUCUAGAAAAUUUACCCACAACCCCUGAAAAUUCUUCCCUCCAACCUCUAGCUAUUUCUGAAUCUCAGAGCAGUGACCGAAGCCUGGACCAACAAACUAUAGUUAUAAUUGUGUCUGCAGUUUGUGGAUUUAUUUUUAUGUGUAUUAUCCUGGGAUUUAUUAUUUAUAUCUGUGUCCGAGUUAAGCGCAAAAAAAGGUUACUGAAAGAAGAGCGGAGUCUGACUUUUAAAGAACAUCUUAAAACAACAAUCCUCAAUGAAUCUAACAUUAGAGAAUCUAAAAGUGAUUUGAAACUUGAGACAACAAAUGUGGAAGAAAAGUCAAUAGAAAAAGAACCUUUGAAUGAUGUGGAGGCAGAAGAAAGGAACGACAUCAAUACAUAUGUCUCAUUCAAGCCUGAAUAUCCAGAAACAGAGGACCAAUUCUAUUCUGGUACAAAUACAAACAGAACCAAAGAAAGUGAUAGUUCCAACUGUGAAUCUACCUCUCCAUUAUUAGACAACUUUUCCCCCAUUAAAAGCGAUUCUUAUGAUCCACUGUUUGAAUCUACACCACAUUCAUUUUAUAACAUGCCAAAAGCUAGCACUUUGAAUUCUAGGUAUCUGAAUUCAGAGAGUUCGUAUGACACUUACUUGUCGUACACCCCCUACAGUACCCUGUCACAUACAGGCCCAUAUUCCCUGCCACCUCAUGGACACAUAGUGGGCGCUCUGCCUAGCAAGAGAACUAGUGUGUCAGCAGGUUACUUAAACUCUAUACCUCCUAAAAAGCCACCACGCUUAUUCCACUCAAGGGAUAAUAUGUCUCUUACAUCGCAAAACUCUCAAACAAGUGACUUAGGUGAACAACAAUUUAAAUUGUCUUUGCCUAAACCUGGAACAGUGGACAGCUAUGGGACAGCUGUGUGAAGUUGUCUGCUCUUUACCUGCCAAAAUGUAGUUCAUGAUUUAUACCAAAGUACUCUUUUGUCACAUGUUCUUGAGAAAUAUUCUAUUAGUGCAAUGGAAAACUGUUACAAAAGUAUUGAUAUUGUAGAUGAGCUGAUUUAAUAAUCUUCAUUUAUAUUCACAGAAGUAUAAAUGCAUGAUCCAUUUUUAUAAAAAAUGUGUGUGUACAUUCCAUUUGAAUUUAUCAGUUGUUGAAAUUUUAUAAAGAGAAAAAAAAAAAGGAAAAGCAAAAUUUCAGAUGAAAAUGUCUUCUUGUGCUCUACAAAAAUACUUAAAGCUGCACUAGGUGACGCAUAAAAAUUUACUAUAUGUUGGCAUCUUUUCAAGUUAAUUACCUUAGGAUGUGUUUUAUCUUUCAAUAUUUAGGUGGAUAUUUACAUAUCAGGCCUGGAGCUUCAGAUGCUGCUGUUUUUAUAAAAAUGUGAUGAGUUGACCAAUUUCAUCUGCCAAUUCUUUUUGUGGUUCAUGGAAACAUUGCUUUCACUUCAUAAACAUUUGUGUUCUUUUCAGUGAAAAAAUAAGCUAGCUUUUGGGGCUUUUGUCUUGGCUGUGUUCAUGUUACACAGUGCUUUGUAAUGCAUGCAUAUUGUACAUAUAGUGCUAAGUUUUUAUUGAGUUGCAAUAGUAAAACUUCUGACACAGAGAAUUUAUUCAUAGACAUUUCAACUGAAGAAGAUGUCAGAACACUAUCUUUAAUAACAAUGAACAAAUCUAUGGUAGUAGACAAUAUAUGCUACAUGUACCUAAGUGGAGCUAUUGUUUUACUUAAUUUACAUGUACAGCAGUGUUUCCCAAUACUUAUAAUCCUAUGUGUAUUAGUUUUACAGAAUGCUCAAUUUUGGUCAAAAUAAAUUUAGCUUGUUUUUA